UUUUCAUAACUGUAAAUAUUAUAGAUUAUAAUGUCUGCUGAAUAAUGCAUAAAGUUGUUGGCAUGUUGCUUUCUUUGUGUCUUCUUGUUGACUAACCAAACAUUUUAGUCUUUUCUUUUGUAUCUCUUUGACCCUCUCUUGUUUUGGUAUCUGAGUUCUCUUUUCCUUUUCGUUUUUUCCUUCUAUUCUGUCUGAUUCCAAAUCUUUUUCCUUGUGCUUGAGAAUGGCAGAAGCUGCUGUGAAUGCUGUUAUAGAAGUUAGAAAGUGCUUAAUUGGUCUGAUCGGGCGUCAGUUUAUGUACUUGUACAACUACAAAACCAACUUUGACAAUCUUGAAAAGAAAGCUGCAAGGCUGAAGGAUGCAAGAGAUGAGGUGAAGGCUAAGGUUGUUGAUGCUGAAAAUAAUGUGAAAAAGAUCAAACAGACUGUUAAGAACUGGCAGAGGCAUGUGGAUUCCAUCCUUGAAGAAACAGACAAGCUAAUUCAGGAGAAAUCAAACGGCAGUUGUUUCAACUUAAUCACUUGCUACAAAAAUGGCAGGAAAGCAUGGAAAACGCUGAACGCUAUAACUGAACUUCUUCAGGAAGAAAAAACAUUUGGUGAAGUUUCACUUCCUACCACUUAUGAAGUCGUUCGGCUCACUAACAAAGAUUAUGAGGAAUUUGAAUCAAGAAGGUCAGUUUUCAACGAUGUGCUGAAGGAAUUAGAUGAUCCUGAGGUGGGAAUUAUUGGGGUUUAUGGGAUGGGUGGAAUUGGUAAAACCACACUGGUCAAAGAAGUUGGUCAUCAAGCCAAGAAAAACCAGAAGUUGGAUGACGUGGUUUUCGUAGAGGUAUCUGAUAAACCAGAUACUAAAAAGAUUCAAGAUGAAAUUGCGACUCAGUUACGCGUGAAAUUGGAUACGGAGGCUGAACGAGUGAGCAAGUUGAAUGCGAGACUGAAGAAUGGUAAAAAAGUGCUUGUAAUUUUAGACAAUAUAUGGGAACGAUUAGAUUUGGAGGCUCUCGGUAUUCCUUGUGGAGAUGACCGUGGGGGAUGUAAAUUGUUGCUGACAGCAAGAUAUCGUAAUGUAUUAUGGAGUAUGGAUUGUAAGAAAGAUUUCUCGAUGGGUGUCUUAAAGGAAGAAGAAGCUUGGAGAUUGUUUAAGAAGAUGGCAGGUGAUGUUGUUGAUCAAACAAAUGAGCUGAAUUCUCUGCCAAAUGACGUAUGCAACGAAUGCCAUGGUUUGCCAAUUGUCAUUACUACCAUAGCAAGAGCAUUAAGAAACAUGAGACAUCAAUUUCAAUGGAAAGAUGCCCUACGAGAACUAAGAAAGCCUUCUCCAACAAAGUUUGCAGGCUUGCUAGAAAAAGAAUACACAAAGAUAGCAUUGAGUUACAAUUGUCUAAGACGUGAUGAGCUCAAGAAAACUUUGCUAAUUUGUGGCUUAAUGGUAAAUUACACUACCAUUUCAGACUUGUUCAAACUCAUUUUCGGUUUAAAUAUAUUGGAAGGUUCUAACUUUACAAUGGAAGAAGCACGGAAUAAGCUGGAAAGUCUUGUCUGUGAACUCAAGGAUUCGUGUUUGUUGCUUGAUGGUUCAACCAGUAAACAAUUUGCCAUGCAUGAUGUUAUUCGUUCAGUUGUCAUAACAAUUGCAUAUAAAGAUUAUCAUGUAUUUACAGAGCGAAAUGACAUGGUGAUGGAAUCGUCAGAUAAAGAGCAAUUGAAAAAAUGCACUAAAAUCUCACUAGUUGAUUGUAAUAUGAUUGGUGAGAUUUGGUCUCAAGGUUUGGAUUAUCCAAAACUUGAAUUUUUCAGUACGGAGAUGAAGGGUUCUUUUGAAAUCCCCGAAGAUUUUUUUGUGGGGAUGGGAAACCUCAAGGUUCUAAGUUUCCUCGACCUGAAGGUAUUGUCCUUGCCAACAUCUCUUGCUUUUCUUGUAAAUCUUCAAACGUUAUGUUUGGAUUAUGGGAAAUUUUCAGAUGUAACAAUAAUUGGAGAAUUGAGAAAACUAAAGAUUCUUAGCUUGCGAUGUUGUAAUAUUAAACUGUUGCCUGGAGAAAUAGGUAACUUGACUCAAUUACAGUUUUUAGAUUUAAGUUAUUGUGAGCAACUAGAAGUUAUUGUACCGAAUGUUAUAUCAAGCUUAUUGCGAUUGGAAGAAUUGUAUGUGGGAGGAUGCUCAAUUUUGUCAAAGGCUGGCAUACUUAAAGAGUUGAAGGGUUUGUCCAAAUUGACAACUUUAGAAAUAGAAAUUUCAGAUGAUCAAAUUUUGCAAGAAGACUUCUUCUCCAAAAAGUUUGAAAGGUACAAUAUAUCAAUUGGAAAUAGGGCUGCUUCUUUUGGUGGGUCCUACAUAUCGAGGGAUGAUUGGAAGUUCAUGUGGCUAAUUGAGCAUGCUGAUUUAAGAAUGCUGAGACUGAAUCUUAAUUCUUUCAUCUGGCACGAGAAAUUGCAGUUGUUAUCAAAUGUUGAAUUGUUAUGCUUAGACAAAUUGCAGGGUAUGAAGAAUGAUCUCUCCGAAUUAGACAAGAAGGGUUUUUCUGAAUUAAAAUAUCUCUGUGUCCAAAAUAAUCCUAACAUUGUGUGCAUUGUUGACUCAACAAAGUGCAUUUCUCAUCAGGUCUUUCCAAUCCUGGAGUCUCUGAUUGUUUUCAAGUUGAUUAACUUGGAAAAGAUAUGCUAUGGUCCACCCUCAACAGAGUCUUUCUACCACUUAAAAUUUAUAGAAGUGAAAAGCUGUGAUAAGUUGGAAAAUAUCUUCUCAUUCUCCAAUGCUAGUAGAAGCCUAUCACAACUUCAAUUAAUUAAGGUGGAAGAUUGCAAGAAUUUGGCUGAGAUUUUUGCUGUUGAAAGUAAAAAUAGAGCAAGCAAAAAUGAAGUAAUUGAUAAGAUUGAAUUUUGUCAAUUACGCUUCUUGAAGUUGCUUGAACUUCCAAGGAUUGCAAGUUUUUACUCAAAUAUCAAUUCUGAGGAUGCGGCAAGUGAUACUAUCAUACCAUUUUUCGACAAAAAGGUUGUUUUCCAGAGUUUGGAAGCCUUAGAGCUUAAAGCAAUUAAUUUUGAGAAGAUUUGGGACGAUAAACUUCCAAUAACCUCUUGUUGCUAUCAGAAUUUGGAAAGAUUGAUUGUGGAUGGCUGCCAAAAGCUAAAAUUUGUAUUUCCGUCAUCUAUAAUUGAAAGCUUUAAACAACUUCAACACCUUGAGAUAAGUUGUUGUAAGGAAUUAAAGGAGAUUGUUGCCAAAGAAGAAACAAACGAUACUACUACAUUUAUCUUUCCAAGGGUAGUCUUUUUGAAACUUAGAGAAUUGCCUGAGCUUACAACUUUCUACCAUGGUAAACACAACUCAAAUUGGCCCAUGUUAAAGGAGUUGGAGGUGCAUGGUUAUGGCAGACUAGACAUAUUUACUUCAAAAUAUAAGGUUGUUGUCCCCAAUUUGGAGGUCUUAAAACUAUGUUCAUCCAAUUGUGAAAUACUCUGGGAUAGUCAACUUGGGACAACUUCUUCUUGCUAUCAAAACUUGACAAGCUUGAUCCUGAAUGGUUGUCGAAAACUCCAAUAUGUCUUAAAACUAUGUUCAUCCAAUUGUGAAAUACUUCGGGAUAGUCAACUUGGGACAACUUCUUCUUGCUAUCAAAACUUGACAAGCUUGAUCCUGAAUGGUUGUGGAAAACUCCAAUAUGUAUUUUUAUCAUCCAUGGUGAAAUGCUUUGAGCGGCUUGAACAUAUUGAGAUAUGCAAUUGUAGUGUUUUGAAGGAGAUUAUUUCAAAAGGAGUGGAAGCAAACAAAACAUUUGUAUUUCCACGAGUAACCUUUCUAAAACUGGAGAAUUUGCCCGAACUUGCAACUUUCUAUCCUGGAGUACACACUUCUGAAUGGCCAGUGUUAAAGGAGUUGGAGGUGUGUAAUUGUGACAAAAUAAAAAUAUUCACUUCAGAAUAUAUGAGCUUCCAUGAUAAUAAUGAGGGUCAAAAUGAUAUUCGGGAGAAACAAUCCCUCUUCUUGGCUGAAAAGAUUAACCCCAAUUUGGGUAAAUUAACCCUAAGCAGAGCGGAUGACAUGAUAAAAUUCCUGCAUCAAUUUCCAGAAAACUUUUGUAGAUGUACAAUUGAGAUUGAACAGGAUAAAUCUGCCAAUAUUUCGGUUGGCAUCUUUCAGAGACCGGUUAAGCUGGAAAAACUCAUUCUCAGUGACUGCUCAUAUGAGGAGAUAUUUACAUGUGGAGAGGAUGAGAAACAUACAAACAUCUUGAUACAAAUAAAAAGUUUGGAGUUGCGUGAUCUUUCUGAUGCAAAGUACCUUUGGGGAAAAGGCUCCAAACUAGACUCUCUUCUUCAAAAUCUUGAAGUUCUAGAAGUGAGAUGUUGUGAUAAAAUGAUAAAUGUUCUGCCAUCCUCAGCAUCUUUUGAGAAUCUAACAGUUUUGAAUGUAGAUUCGUGUUAUGGAUUGAUGAACUUACUCACACCUUCCACAGCAAAAAAUUUGGUCCAGUUGAGAGAAAUGAAAAUUGGAAGUUGCAGAAUGAUGACAGAAAUAGUAUCAAAUAAGACAGAAGAUGUAGCAGCAGAAGAUGAAAUUGUUUUUGGCAAACUGAAGUUGUUGUCACUUCACCGCUUACAAAAUCUCAUAUGCUUCUACUUGGGGAAUUAUGCAUUGAAAUUCCCGUCUUUGGAAGAAUUAACUGUAGAUGACUGUCCUAUGAUGAUGACUUUCUCUGUAGGAAACUUAAAUACACCAAGUUUACAGAAAGUUCAACAAGAUUGGUGGGAUAAAGGCAAAUGGUGUUGGGAGGGUGACCUAAAUGCAACCAUACAACAUUUGCACGAAGAAGAGAUUAACCCCAAUUUGGGUAAAUUAACCCUAAGCAGAGCGGAUGACAUGAUAAAAUUCCUGCAUCAGUUUCCAGAAAACUUUUGUAGAUGUACAAUUAAGAUCGAACAGGAUAAAUCUGCCAAUAUUUCGGUUGGCAUCUUUCAGAGACCGGUUAAGCUGAAAAAACUCAUUCUCAGUGACUGCUCAUAUGAGGAGAUAUUUACAUGUGGAGAGGAUGAGAAGCAUACAAACAUCUUGAUACAAAUAAAAAGUUUGGAGUUGCGUGAUCUUUCUGAUGCAAAGUACCUUUGGGGAAAAGGCUCCAAACUAGACUCUCUUCUUCAAAAUCUUGAAGUUCUAGAAGUGAGAUGUUGUGAUAGAAUGAUAAAUGUUCUGCCAUCCUCAGCAUCUUUUGAGAAUCUAACAGUUUUGAAUGUAGAUUCGUGUUAUGGAUUGAUGAACUUACUCACACCUUCCAUAGCAAAAAAUUUGGUCCAGUUGAGAGAAAUGAAAAUUGGAAGUUGCAGAAUGAUGACAGAAAUAGUAUCAAAUAAGACAGAAGAUGUAGCAGCAGAAGAUGAAAUUGUUUUUAGCAAUCUGAAGUUGUUGUCACUUGAAAACUUACGAAAUCUCAUAUGCUUCUACUAUGGGAAUUAUUCAUUGAAAUUCCCAUAUUUGGAAGAAUUAACUGUAGAUGGCUGUCCUAUGAUGAUGACUUUCUCUGUAGGAAACUUAAACACACCAUGUUUACAGAAAGUUCAACGUAAUUGGUCAGCUGAAAACAUAUUGGACUGCGAGAGUGACCUAAAUGCAAUUAUACAACGACGGCACGAAGAAGAGAUUAACCCCAAUUUGGGUAAAUUAACCCUAAGCAGAGCGGAUGACAUGAUAAAAUUCCUGCAUCAGUUUCCAGAAAACUUUUGUAGAUGUACAAUUGAGAUUGAACAGGAUAAAUCUGCCAAUAUUUCGGUUGGCAUCUUUCAGAGACCGGUUAAGCUGGAAAAACUCAUUCUCAGUGACUGCUCAUAUGAGGAGAUAUUUACAUGUGGAGAGGAUGAGAAACAUACAAACAUCUUGAUACAAAUAAAAAGUUUGGAGUUGCGUGAUCUUUCUGAUGCAAAGUACCUUUGGGGAAAAGGCUCCAAACUAGACUCUCUUCUUCAAAAUCUUGAAGUUCUAGAAGUGAGAUGUUGUGAUAGAAUGAUAAAUGUUCUGCCAUCCUCAGCAUCUUUUGAGAAUCUAACAGUUUUGAAUGUAGAUUCGUGUUAUGGAUUGAUGAACUUACUCACACCUUCCACAGCAAAAAAUUUGGUCCAGUUGAGAGAAAUGAAAAUUGGAAGUUGCAGAAUGAUGACAGAAAUAGUAUCAAAUAAGACAGAAGAUGUAGCAGCAGAAGAUGAACUUGUUUUUGGCAAACUGAAGUUGCUGUCACUUGAAGAGUUAAAAAGUCUCACAUGUUUCUGCUCUGGGAGUUAUGCAUUGAAAUUCCCAUAUUUGGAAGAAUUGGCUGUAGAUGGUUGUCCUAGGAUGAAGACCUUCUUUGCAGGAAACUUAUACACACCAAGUUUACACAAAGUUCUAGAAGAUUGGAGGGAUAAAGACAAAUGGAGUUGGAACGGUAACCUAAAUGCCACCAUACAACAACUGUACGAAAAAGAGGGUAACUCCAAGUCAGAGAAAUUGAUACUAAGUGGAAAAGACGUCACACUUAUAUGGCAAGAACAGUUUUCAGAACAUCAAUUUUCCAAAGUAAAAAUUCUUAAGAUCAUUAAGGAUGAAUCAUCUAACAUUCCAAUUGGAAUUCUUCAGAGAUUUAACAAUCUCAAAAAACUUGUACUACGAUCGAGUUCAUAUAAGGAGAUAUUCUUAUGUGAAAAAGAUGAGAAAGAUGUAAGCAUGCUCACACAAAUAAAGGAACUAAAGUUAUGGGGGCUUUUCAAUUUGGAGUACAUGUGGAAAGAAAAAUCUCAUCUGGACUCAAUUCUUCAAAAUCUUGAAAUGUUACAUGUAAAUUUUUGCCACAAUUUGUUUAGUAUAAUGCCGUCUUCAGCAACUUUUGAAAAUCUCAUAACUCUAGAAGUAUGGUACUGUGAUGGAUUGAUAAACUUAGUAUCAUCUUCAACAGCCAAAAGUCUGGUGCGACUUGAAGAACUGAGAUUGUUAGAAUGUAAAAUGAUGGCAGAAGUAGUAUCAAGUGAGGGGGGUACAAAAGCCGAAGAAAUUGUUUUUGACAAAUUAAAGCUACUAUCACUUCGUAAUUUAAAGAAUCUCACAAGCUUCAGCUCCGGUAAUUACGUCCUCAAAUUUCCAGCUUUGGAAGAAUUUAUUGUGGAGGAAUGCCACAAUAUGAAGACUUUCUUUGAAGGAGUCUUAAGUGUACCAAGUUUACGAAAAGUAAAGAAAUGGGCUGACAAAUUAGGAUACUGGGAGGGUGACCUUAAUACUACUAUUCAAUUUCUACACAGAAAAAAGUGAAUAUUCAGAGUUCUGGAAGGACACAGAGCAAACUUCAAUGAAAUCUCUGGAAUAAGGUUCUUUUUUUUGUGGUUUGUGAGGCAUUAUUGCGGCUCAAGUUUCCUGUGUUGAGCAAUUCUGGAAUUAUCCUUUCUGCCGCAAAGCUCUCUCCUGGCCACACAGCUUUUCGUUUCUUGGCAAGCUAUCAAAAUGGGAAGUUUGUGCUUGCAUACUGCAAGUUUCCUUGCGUUGAUUUAUUGGAACUUGCAAAGGCAUUUCUGUCCAAGGUCAACUAUCAGAGCCAAGUUCAAAAUCAAUUUCAAUUGAUAUUUUUGUUUAUCUUGUCCGGCUUCUGGUUCCAGGUGUUCUGCUCCAGAAUAGAUUGUGGAUCCUCUGCCUCCUUGGUUCCCUGUAUUGUCCUGUAUUUCCACAACCAACCUGUGCAAUUGCUUACCUGCUGUGCUUGUCAUGGGAUUAGUGCUGCUGUAAGCUUCUUCUGCAGGAUCCAAUCAGAGAUUUUCUCUUCUUCUCUGCCCAGGUUUUCUGUCCCACUCUCCUGCUGUAGCAGCUCAACGUUUCUGCUUCCUGGUUUUCACUGCAAUAGAAUCCUGCUUUUCUUCUAAUGCAGUCUGUUCCAGAUUUUAUUCUUCUCCACUGCUCCAGUCUGCAUGACUGAAUUUAUUCUUCUACUGCCUUCCUUCUACUGCUUCCAGGGUUCCACAAGAAAGCCGCUGUGCAGUUCUCGGAAGAAGCAAGCACUACCAGUCUGCCUGCUACUUUGCCUUUCCUGAUUGUGCAGCAGGCAGCCAUUUGGGUGAAAUCCUGCCAAUGUCCAAGCUGCCCGGGAUAGCGGCAUUGAUCACCUCAUACUUGCAGUUCUAGAUUUUUUCCCAGGUGCAACAAUUAGACAGGAGCAGGCCUUGCUCUGCAGAUUUUCAGUCAGAAGCAGUUCUUGCCCAGGCCAUUCCAGAAUUUUUCUAGGUGCAGAAGCUGAUCAAAUUAUGUAAAUUUCGUGCUGGGCUUCUUUCUCCUGUUUCAGCUGCUGCUUCGACCAUCUGUGAGACUGCAAUUUUUUUUCUGGAUGUUUGUUGCUCCUCCCUGGUCCUGCAGCAUUUUGCAUUAUGCAGGUAUAGGUCUGAGUUAUCUGAAUCCUGAAGGAUCUAGUUUGUUGCUGCCUUGGAAGAAAGCACCCUGCUGGUUUAGCCUCAAAAUUAAAGUUUGUUUUUGUAUAGCAUAAACAAGUUGGUCAAGUCUGCACAUGCACAUGUAAAGUUUGGUGAUAUAAAAGUUUUGUUUGAUUCUUCUGUUAAUCUCUAUGGUUGUAAGAACUUUGAUAAGUUUUCAAAAGGAAAUAAUGUUUAUCGAUCGUAA